AUGGGAACGCACACACUGGUCACAAUAAUCUCCGGUGUCACCGCCUGUGCUGUGUUUGGCUGUAUUGCUGGUAUCAUUUACGUCGUGAACGAUCUCAACUCUUUCUACGAUGAGAAAAUCGAAGAACUCACUGUUUUCAAGGUAGUGGCCGACUCAACAUGGCAAAAAAUGCUCCCGAAUGCUUCCGAACUUGCACGUGAAAAACGUGCACACAGAAAAGUUCGACAUGGAGAGAAUACUUGCCCAGCCGGACCACCGGGCCCACGAGGGGAACCUGGACUACCAGGGCAGGAUGGUGAACCAGGAACACCUGGAAAGAACGGAGUCAAGGGCCUGAAUGCUGGUGACGGCACUGGCUAUCCAGGGUGUGUCCCUUGUCCUGCUGGAGAGGCUGGGCCACCAGGAGUAGACGGCCCUCCAGGUCCUGCUGGUAGUGACGGCAACCCUGGUCAACCCGGAGAAGGAGGAGGUUAUAGCACACCAGGACCACCUGGACCACCUGGUGACAGCGGAAAUCCUGGAGCUCCCGGACAACCGGGACCUCCUGGACAACCGGGAAUGGGAGGAAAGACAGGAUCAGGUCGGCCAGGGCCACCAGGACCACCCGGACCAUCAGGAGGACCCGGACAGCCAGGACAAAACGGGGAGCCAGGAAAUAAUGGGACGCCAGGGUCUUCUGGAUCACCUGGAUACGACGGACAUCCUGGAAAUGCUGGUAACAACGGGCCGCCUGGCCCGCCAGGAGCACCAGGAAGUUCAGGAGGCGAUGCAUCAUACUGCCCCUGCCCACCGAGAGGUUAUUCCAACGGUCGACCGGGCUCUUCUACAACUUCCGAAGACCUGCCGCCAGACUCAAAACGCUCCCGUAAAACUGCAAGAAGUGCCGCCAAAUCUCCUUUUAAAAUGUCACGAAAAAUUGUUGUUAAGGUUUAG